AUGAAUCGUUUGUUGGUUUUUCAUCUUCUUCCACAAACGGCAUCGCGAAAGAGAAUCUUGAAAAAUAAGGGUACUGGAUUACCUGAAUAUGUUGUGGGAAAUGAUCACCCAGAAGGUCCAAAAUGCGAUGAUAUGAGGAUCGUAUUUUCUAGAGAUAACUACAAAUUGUUGACUACAACAUCUUCUAUCACUUCAACGUCGAAACCAACUCAGGGUCCAACUAAUAAAGAAGAAACAUCUACAACAUCAUCUCCUACUAGCAAAAAUGAUAGAACAAUCUCAACAUCUAAGAAGACUCCAGAAAUAACUACAACUUUGGCAACUGUAUCCUCUUUAACAACUACAAGCACAAAAGCUACAACAACAAUAACUACUACCACCAAAGGCUCUUCAGGCUUUCUGUUUUUUGUUGUGAUUAUCGUUAUUAUUCUGGUUGCUAUUGGGAUUGGAAUUGCAAUUUACUUCUUCGUCAUUAGGGAGGAGGAGGACGAUGAGGAAGGUGAUGGGACUAAGGGAGAUGUCACAGGAGAGGAUCAAGAGAAGGAAGAUAUUAAAGGAGAAAAUGAUAAUGACAAAGGAGAAGCACAAAAAAUUGAAGAUGAAGAAUUAAAAGAAGAGAAGGAUGAUGUCAAAAGAGAUGAGCAAAAAAAGGAAUAUGUCACAGGAGAAGAAAAGAAGAAAGAUGGUGAAGUAGAAGUAAAGAAGGAAGAUGUUAAAGGAGAAGAGCAAAAGAAGGAUGAAGCCGCUGAAGACGAUAAUAAUGCAAAAGAGAAGAUAGAGACGACUGCAAAGACUGUGGAGGAUUCUGUACCAAUAAAUAAAGGCGAAACCAAAGAAGAACAGGCGAGUGCUGAAGAUAAGAACUAG